CUCUUGCUCUCCAUGAAACUCCCCGUCCUCCUCUCCUUUGUCGCGGGGCUUGCGUUUGUCGCUGCCGCCCCGAUACGCCUUGUCGUUGUGCCCGCCGACAUCGCUAGCCCGCUCAUCGACAUCGACCACCUCACCGCUGCCAGACCCGCUAUCGCUGCUAUUCCCGUGCAUGGCAAUAGCUGUGGAGCGGCACGCGUCCGCGAGAAGCUCAUCGCCGCGUUUAAGCAUACCUUUGGCUCAGACAAGGUCGUUGCUGCCCCGACUACCACUCUUUCCUCACCUUCCACCCUCGCCUCUGGCACUCCCACACCCUCACGCUCUGUCCCGCGCCGCAUUUGGAACGCACUGCGUGCUAUGCCCAUCUGGCAGGCUGCGUUGUUUGUGUUGGUCGGAGGCCUGUUGCCGCUCUUCAUCAUAUUUGCGGUGAUCGUUUUCGCGCUGCUCAUGGCGUAUGAGAUCACGAUGGACUUCUUCGACCCUCACCGACACGACCCUGUGGACGAUAGUGCGGACGAUCCGCCACGGUAUACGGCGCUGCCGGUUGGUGGUACUAUUGAUGUGGGGGAGAAGCAAUUACAGGCCAUGGUGUAG